AGUAAAAGAAGGAGAGUGUAGUCGUGGUGAGAACGGUCCAGAUACGCUGCAGGGUUCGAGCGUGUGUGGACUUUGAUUUUGGCUUAGAAGCCCGAAAAAAUUGUUGAAAAUUUCGCCAGAGGAGCACAAAGACGGUCUAUCGCCGCCAUUAACACGAAUUUCUUCAUCGGUUAUAAGAGAGCUUUGCACUGCUCUGCUUUCCUCGGAUCCUAUUCCACGUCCAGGUAGCGCUCAGAUCAAACUUGACGUAAACGCAGAGCCUCCGUGGGAUCCUGAUCCAUUUUAUUAUUUGUACGUCGUGUUGUAUUUGAGAAUAUUAACAGUGCCUAAAUUGUAUUAG